UUUUCCUCCAUUUUUCUCCCUUAUAUUUCUCCCUCAUAUUCACCAUAACUUGUGACUUCUAAGUCUGAUACUUUGCCCUGACUCGAUACAACUCAUCCUUCUUUAACUUGGAGAAUUAGCUUAUCAGAGCAUUUCUCUGAUCGCAGAGAUUUUCUUGAAAACUUAUGAUGAAGAAAAACAUGGUUGCACAUGCUAGUGCUAGUCAUGGAGAAGAUGGUGAAGAGAAGAAGAUUCAGAAAAGCUACUUUGACGUGCUGGGAAUUUGUUGCCCUUCAGAAGUUCCAUUGAUUGAGAACAUUCUCAAAUCAAUGGAUGGGGUGAAAGAUGUUUCAGUAAUUGUCCCAACGAAAACAGUUAUUGUUCUCCAUGAUAGUAUUCUCACUUCCCAGUUGCAAAUAGUUAAAGCACUGAAUAAAGCAAGAUUGGAGGCAAGUGUUAGAGUACAAGGCGUCAAUAGUGCCAAAAAAAAAUGGCCAAGUCCAUAUGCAAUUGCUUCUGGGGUAUUACUUUUGCUGUCCUUUCUCAAAUAUUUCUACUACCCCUUUCACUGGCUAGCACUUGGAUCUGUGGCAUUUGGUAUCAUUCCAAUUAUUUUUAGAGCUCUAUCUGCGCUUCGCAAUCUCACACUAGGGGAUAUCAACAUCCUUCUUGUGAUUACAGUUGCGGGUUCAAUUGUUUUGCGCGAUUAUUGGGAAGCUGCCACAAUUGUCUUCCUGUUUACCAUAUCAGAAUGGUUAGAGUCACUAGCAAGUCACAAGGCCACUGCAGCAAUGUCAUCAUUACUUAAUUUAGUCCCACAAAGAGCUGUUUUAGCUGAAACUGGGGAAGAAGUUGAUGUUAAUGAUGUGGAGGUGAAUUCAGUUCUUGCUGUUAAGGGUGGUGAGAUUAUACCAAUUGAUGGAGUUGUUGUAGAGGGGAAUUGUGAUGUAGAUGAGAAGACUUUGACUGGAGAAUCGUUUCCAGUUAUCAAGCAGAAGGACUCCAAUGUUUGGGCUGGCACCAUUAAUAUCAAUGGGUACAUUAGCAUUAGAACUACAGAGCUUGCUGAAGAUUGCGUGGUGGCAAGAAUGACAAAGCUUGUAGAAGAGGCGCAGAACAACAAAUCUAGAACUCAAAGAUUCAUAGAGAAGUUUGCAAAGUAUUAUACACCAGCCAUUGUGUUAAUGUCAGCUGCUUUGGCAGUGAUUCCAGCUUCAUUAAGAGUUCACAAUCAGAAACAAUGGUACCACAUUGCUUUGGUUGUUCUAGUCAGUGCUUGUCCGUGUGCGCUUAUCCUCUCUACGCCUGUAGCUAUCUUCUGUGCACUUACAAAGGCUGCAAAAUCAGGUGUAUUCUUUAAGGGGGCAGAUUAUCUUGAGACGCUGGCUAAUGUAAAGGUUAUGGCGUUUGAUAAAACUGGUACGGUAACUAGAGCAGAAUUUGAAGUGACAGAAUUUAGAUCUCUGCUGGAUGAUUGUAGCCUAAGCAAUAUGCUUUACUGGGUUUCAAGUAUUGAGAGCAAGUCAAGUCAUCCUAUGGCAGCUGCACUGGUUGACUUUGCACAAUCACAUCAGGUUGAACCAAAACCGGACAAAGUUGAGAAAUUUCAGGAUUAUCCUGGUGAAGGAAUCUAUGGCAGAAUUGAUGGGAAAGAAAUCUACAUAGGAAAUUCAAAAAUCUCAGCAAGAGCAGGAUGUCCCUCUGUUCCCAAACUAGGAGGAAAUAUUGAUGAAGGGAAGUCGGUGGGCUACAUAUUCGUGGGGUCAACUCCUGCUGGAAUUUUUAGCCUUGCUGAUGUCUGUCGAACCGGAGCAAAGGAAGCGUUAAAAGAGCUUAAAUCAGCAGGCAUCAAAACGGUCAUGCUAACAGGGGAUAGCUAUGCAGCAGCCAGACACGCACAAGAUCAGUUAGGAGGUGCUCUAGAUGCUGUCCAUGCUGAGCUCCUGCCACAAGAUAAGGCAAAAAUUAUUGAGGACUACCAGAAGUUAGCCUACACAGCCAUGAUUGGUGAUGGAGUUAAUGAUGCUCCUGCAUUAGCUACUGCUGACAUUGGUAUAUCAAUGGGCAUUUCCGGCUCAGCGCUUGCAACAGAAACCGGUCAUGUCAUUCUAAUGACAAAUGACAUUCGGAGAAUACCAAAAGUUGCACGUCUGGCUAAAAGAGUCCGAAGAAAGAUACUUGAGAAUAUGAUUCUUUCAGUUGUAACCAAAGGUUCUAUAGUAGCCUUGGCCAUAGCAGGCCAUCCACUAGUUUGGGCUGCUGUCUUGGCUGAUGUCGGGACAUGCAUGCUGGUGAUCUUAAACAGCAUGCUUCUACUUAGAGAAAAGCCAAAACACCAGAGAAAAGGUUGCAAAUCUUCUGCUGCAUCAUCACUGGCCAACAAACAGAACAAGAAAUGUUCAGGAAGAGAUUCACUGCAUAUUCUUCCCUGUUGUUUUGCAAUAAAACCACAAGAACACUGCAGCGUGAAGUCAUGCGGUUCCAGGAACUGUGCUCCAAGACAUCAAUCUGGUCCACUGGGCAGCAGUUCAACCUCAUGCAGAAGUAGUAAAAUUGCAGAUUACACUGACAAGCAUAGUUGCUGUGGAAAUGAUAAGGGAAUCCAAAUGGAAAAAUGCUCAAAUCUUGGAAGCUAUAAUAGUGAUGUUGAACAUAUAGGAGAAUUAAGCACACAUCAGCAUGGAGAGCUUAGUUGUUCAAAGUCAAUUAAAAUGCUUGGCAAAAGUUUAUCACCUGCCAAAGAAGACAAUGGGAAAAGUUCUGAAAGUGAUUUGCUGCAUACUCAUCAGCCUUGUUGUCAUGCAAUUAAGCCUCAAAAACAGUGUGAGGUGGAUACAUGCUUCUCCAAGGACUGUGCUCCAACAUAUCAGUCAGGUGCAUUGAGUUCCAGCUCCAGAGGUACUAGUUGUAAAAAGUCAGAGUUCAAGAACAAAAAAAGUUGCUGUGAACGUGAUAAACAAGCUCGAAAGCCAAAAUGCUGUAAUCGUGGAAGCUGCAAAGGUAAUACUGAACAUAUAGGAUUGAGCACACAUCAUCAUGGAGAAAGCAAUUGUUCAAAGUCAUCCAAAAGGCAUGCAUUUGAUGAUGGGGUAAAUGAGAUCAAACAGUGUUCCUCCUUCAAUUGCAAAUCUUGUGGCUCUUCUGUUCAGGAUUCCCAACUGAGUUCCAAAACUGAAGUUGAGGUGAAACUUUGCCCAGAUCAUCCAAAAGAUCACAUCACUGCAGAUGAAGAAUUAGGUGAGCUGAAAAGAUUUUGUUGUGGUCAUGAUCAGGGGGACAAUUUUCAAUCUUUGUGCAAGGAUCAUUCUGCAGACUGCAGUCCACCAUAUCAACAAACGACCACUGAUAUUUUAGGAGGCCACAACCAUGUUGGCUGCGGAGCCCCAAGGGCUUGCUUGUCAAAGAGACAUGUUGGUGGAUGUUGUGAGAGUUUUAGGAAAGAAUGUUGUGUUCACAGUGGACAUUUUGAAGCCAGUUUCAGAGGAGGUUUGUCAGAAAUCGUCAUUGAAUAAGAAUAGACAACUGUAUUAUUAUCAGAAGCAGUGUUCUAUUCAGAAGUUUUGGUUCCUAAUUCCUGAUAUAGAGAAUGAGUUUUCUAUUCUCUUCUUCUUUUCUUAUUCGAUUAAUGUUUUUCUGAAAUUUGCAUAGCCUAUAGUUUGGUUAUGCCUCCUGUCUUGCUCUACCAAGUACUACUAUUAUUAGGAGGAAAAAAACCAGUAAAAGGAAGUGCAGUUUAUUGGUC